CCACCCCAACAACUUUCCCAGGAUUCCAUGCGUCAUCGUGUGUUCAUCUGCGGUUGUUUCAAACAUGGAGGAGAAGGAAAGAAGUGUGAAACCACACAGUAAAGAAACGGCAACUGCAACCUGUUCGAGUACGCCCUCGGUGCCGGAGCAUGAACCGGAGGCACACAGUAAAGACGAGGGAGAUGACGCAGACAAAAUAGAUGUCUGCUCUGAUAAGUUUGACCCCCUCUUGGCCUUGUACUCACCGACUGUGUCGCUUCCGUUUCCAAAUAUCAAAUGCUUUAACAAUGUGUCAGAGUACGUGAGCUUCCAGCAGGGCGGCCGGGGCAGAGCCAAACCGGAGAAUGUGGAGAAGAGGCGUCAGAAGGCCAUGAAAGGGGUGGUGGACCCGGAGCGCAUCGAGAGGCUGAAGAGGCUCAUGGUGAACAACGCGGUGCCAGAGUCCGAGGAGGCGGGGAGCAGCGGCACGCCGCGGAGGAGGCAGAAGCCCCGGAAAAAUGUCCUGACCAGGAUGCCCUUAUGUAAAGGCAGUCCAUUGGGGGAGCUGUACCGAUGCGUUGAGGAGAGGAUAAGGGUCAAAGUUCACAUCAGGACCUUCAAGGGACUGAGGGGAGUUUGCUCUGGCUUUGUCGUGGCCUUCGACAAGUUCUGGAACAUGGCAAUGGUAGACGUCGAUGAAACAUACAGAGAGCCUCUGCUGGGACAGGCGUUCUACCACGAGAAAGCCCUCACCAUGUCACGGCUCUUUGAGAAGCUAAAGCUCCAGGAGAGCUCAGCAGGUGAUGAGCCAGCAAAGAAGCAUGAAGUCCGGCAAGCCGCCUGCAAGCAACAGCCUGAUCAACAAACUGGCAAGAGAAGGCACAGCAGGACGGAGUCCAAGCUGUCAGACACUGUUAAAACCAAACAGGACAAACACAAAGUCUCGCUGAAGGCCCAGGGUCCAGACGUCUGUCAGGAGAAAGACUCUCGGGCGUACGGCAAGAUCCACACACGCCACAUCAACCAGCUUUUCAUCCGGGGUGAGAACGUCGUCCUGGUUAACCCACAGCCACUCUGAUUUGUGUUCUCAGAGAUGAAAGAAAUGCGUGCUACAAGCACAAUCAGUGAAAUUUAAGUUGUAUUUUACCCUCAACAUCUGUAACGAAGACAAAUCAAACAGGACUAUUGUUAUAUCAUAUUGAUAUGGAGGUUUUUCUCUGCCGACCAGAGAAAUGAUCUUGAGAAAUAAAAGCCUCUCAAUUCUAA